CACUCCACACGACAGCUGCUAUGGUUCCUGUGUUGUCGCCAUGUUCAUUUCGGAGCAUAAUGAAGCGUGCUCCAUUGCAUUUUUGGAGUAAAUAACUAUUCGAUUUCCAUCAUUUAUACAAUAUCCACGAUCAUUAAAUCAUUAUAUUUCUUAAGAAAUUCGUAGUCUUUAAAUGAGAAUGGAACGAGUUUCGGAAAAGUUGGCUGUCGCAAGGAAAGAAUCAAGUCACGUCUCAUUCACUCGAUAUUCCACGUGUCGGUUAACAUUCUUAUAUUUUCUUGGUAAUUUCUUCGAUAACUCUAUGGCAGAUGAAAGAAAGAUGAUGGCUAAUCCUCAGAAGAAUUUGAAGGCUCAAAUCCUGCACGAAUAUACGUCGAAUAAAACUCUACCACUGGAGGGAAUUCCGAGGACCAUGAGCCAGAAUUGCUGUUUUUGGAUCGAUUUCGUGAAAAUCAGAAUGCUGAUGAUGAACGGGAAAAAAAGAGACGAAAAUUAUUUCAAAUUUUGA